GCUGUCAUUACUUCGAAAGGAGAAGGACACAAAUAAUUAUAUACUUAAACUGUUUAAUUUACUUAUUAAAUAGAAUGAAGGUGACUGCAUUAAUUUACAUAACAGUUGUGAUGAUAAUUACAAUUGGGUUUGUCACCUCAAAUUCAGGUACUGAGGGAGCCGAUGUGAAGUCUUCAUGCAAGCCUUUUGGUGCUCUAAUCAUGUGGUAUACGGGAAGUGGAGAAGAUUCUUCGUUUUUUCAACAUAGAAGAUUGUUGGUGAUGUUAAUAAGGGAUUUCCCAGAUAACACAAUUGUAUCUAUCGUCACGUUCGGCGCUAAUGAUAAUAUGAAAAUGCAAUUUAGCAAACAAGCAGGAUCUACUUCUUGGAGGGACAGAAUUUUAAACUAUAAGCCCGGAAACUCAUUGAAUCAUGUAGUGUCGUAUGCAGAUAUACGAAAAGCACUCUCAUAUCCUAAAAGUAAUUCCAGUGAUGCACAACUUGUUUAUCUACUAGUCAAUAGUAACACCGUAAUACGUGAUGAAGAAAAUAGUUUUGAAGAGCUAAGGAAAAAGAAAACUUUUGUUAUUUUAUCGGAAAUACAAACGGCUGAUACAGGACAAAAUUGGUUAAAACUUGCUAGUAAUGAUCACCAUUUUUUCGCGUUGGACAGUAAAGAAGUUGAUGUCAGCAUUACAAAGCAAAUAAUCCUACUAAAGUCCUGUCAAGAUUCGAUGUUUGUCUGCGACACUGACAUGUACUGGUCAAGAGAAAGGAGCAGAUGUGAUGUAUGCACGAAUAUAUGUUUAAGUGCCUUUAAAGUACAACAGGAGUACUGCGUUCGUGCUUGCCCAUUUUUUCAUCAACCUGAAGCAUUACAAAUAUAUACCGAAACAGUAGUCUGUUAUAACUCCCCUUGGCUAAUAAUUGGUAUUAUACAUGGAAUUGAACUCACAGUAGUUGUUCUCUCCUUGGUUGCAUACAAGAAAAGAAGAAGUUUAUUGAAGUGUAAAAAUUCUGUAUGUAGAUGGAUGGCUAAUCCUCAGGACAACUUACCAUAUCAUAUGAAAUCAACACAAAGAAGUGAAACAAAAGACUUGUACGAUAAGACAGAUUCAAAGGAUGAACGCGUUAAACUAUUGGACGAAUAUAACAAUCCAACCGAUAGCAAUGAUUUCGGAGAAAAAUCUGACAUGGAACUUAAGGUAUUUUCCUAAAAGGAUAAUUGAACUCAAUUUAACGGUAAUGAGAAAAGUUCGUCUAAUAAAAAGGAAAUAUAUUGUAGAACCGAUAUUUAAAGCGAAAUAUAUGUAACCACUACUCUACAGAUCAUUGAAUGUAUCGUUUAAGUCAUGUGCUAGGGUUAACAAUUAUAAGACAUACUGGUUUAAUGUCAAUUGUAACUUACAUCACGGUAUUAGUCGAAUUGUUUCACUAUCGUUAAUAUUCUUUCGCGAGUGUAUUCUUUGAGCUGGGAAGAGAGCGUAGUGUCAGGGGUAUAUUCUUUCACCUAAAUUGUAUUAUUUUUCCAUCACUGAUUUGUCCAUUUAUCUUAAAUCAUUGGGUAAAGAUAUCAACACAGUUGAAACGAGAAUGAUUGUAUAAUGCUCUACGCCGACCGAUGAUAUUGUUAGCAGAGGAUUAGCAAGUGCUUCUGAAUGCUCAAAAUGGUUGGUGUUCAUUUAGUACAUGUAAUAAUAUAAAUGUUAAUGCCAAUAAAAGUAAUGUUGUAAACUUCCGACCUUAGUCUGUAUAAUGUACUCCGUUCAUGUUUACUUGCGGAAAGAAUAAGCUUUUUAUUGUUGGUAGAUAAACUUACAAAGACGUUGUACUUUUGAACAUUUGGGUUAUGAUAUAACUGUAAAAUCUGUUGCCCAGAGUGCAAGUCGUGCUUUAGGAUUGCUUAUUGCUAAAUACAAAGCGAUUGGUAGCGUACCAUUCGUUUACCAUACAUCUUUGCAAAGUUAUACGACUCCGUCGUUUGGCCAGUAAAUAAUGACAGCGCUCCAUUAUGGGGUUUCUGGUCAUAUUCCUGUAUCGAGGCCGUUCAUAACAGAGCUAUGCAUUUCUGUCUUGGUGUUUGAAAAUAUUCACCUAAUGAUGGUAUAGAUGGCAAUAUAGGUUGAAAAUCCCCAAAAGUCCGACAAUUGAAAAUAGCGUUCUUUAUAUUGGUCUAAGCUUUAAUGUUUGAAUUUGACAAGAAUUUGGCAAGAAUUAAUAAACGUUUGGCUCUCUUAAGCUAGUCGCUUAUUAGGAAACUGACCAUUUAAUGUUUGAAGUUAUUAUGAUGUCGAUGCUUUACAUAUGUACUUCAGUUUUUAACAAAAUUAUUAUUUUAGUAUUUUUUUAAAAUUUGAUUUCUGGUUUAAUGCCUUCUGAUUGUCUUUAAUUCUUCUAGUCAAGCUGUUCAUCUUUUGAGUUUAUGGAUAGCAAUGGUUUAAUAGUUUUAUAAUAUAACUUUGUCAUUUUAAUGAUAUAUUUAUGUAUAUAUAUAUAUAUUUUAACUUUGUGAUUGUGUUUGUUCAUUUUUUAUUACGCCAUGUUGGAUUGGCAUUGUACUGUAAACUUUUGUCUAAAACGAUGUGUAUUUAAUAUCUGUACAAUGAUGAGAUGUAAAUAAAGAUAACUACUCUUACUACUAAUGCACUUCGCAAGUAACUGGAUUGGUUGUAAACAUGACAUAGAUAAUUGUAUAAAUACAUUGUUGAAUUGCGAUCCGUUUCUGUUAUAUAUUCAACAAUAAAUGACAGCAUAUUUAUCUGGAAAAACGCAGUAGCACAACAGGUCAUUUACCCCCUUUGUUUUGGUUAAAACAAAACUUACACAUAGCUUGCUUGAGAUGCUGAUUUAAUCGGAAAGUAUUUAAUUUUAAAGUUAAAGUUCGUGUCCGUUACUUAAAUUAGUUAUCAAAGAAUGUGAAAAUAAAGUGAUCUUUUUGGACAAAAUAAACACAAUUUAAACCACUAAAU